ACAUCACCGAGCACAUCUUUACAUUUACAACCUUUUUAAGGGUUUUAUUUGUUGGAUUUUUAACCUCGCCUUUGGCAAAAAGUACUCUUUGAGUAUUUCUUCAGGCGACGUUAAGCAGAACAGCCGACAACAGAAGAAAAGAUGAAAUACAUUAUAGGAAUUGGCGGAGUCACUAAUGGUGGGAAAACCACCCUGACUAAUAAGUUGAUCAAGACGUUGCCCAAUUGCUGUGUUGUGCACCAAGAUGACUUUUUCAAGAAACCCGAUCAGAUAGAAGUCGGGGAGGACGGCUUUAGACAAUGGGAUGUGAUCACAGCUAUGGAUAUGGAGGCCAUGACCAACACGAUAAAAGGCUGGAUGGAGAACCCAGUGAAAUUUGCCCGUUCACACGGCAUCACUCUGUCUUCUGCCCCCGAUGUGGCCAACCAUGACGAGCAGAUCCACAUCCUGAUUGUAGAGGGCUUCCUCCUCUACAACUACUCGGACCUCCUGGAUGUGUUCGACAAGUCCUAUUACAUCUCUAUACCCUACGAGGAGUGCAAGAGAAGGAGAAGUACGAGACAGUACACUGUCCCUGACCCUCCUGGCCUGUUCGAUGGCCAUGUUUGGCCGAUGUACCUUAAGCACAGGAGAGAGAUGGAGACCAGUGGCUUGCAUAUCGAGUACCUGGAUGGUUUGAAAUCCAAAGAGGAGAUCUACAACAAGGUGUAUGAGGACAUUCAGAACAACUUGCUCAAUCGUUUAUAGCAGGAAGACUCCUCCCCAUCCCUGUACAGAAAUUGUAAAUAGUCCCAAGGAUUCUUUUUUUAUGAAGUUUUUGUAAUUUUAUUCUCCCUUUUUUUGUAAAUAGAACAAAGCAACUUUAAAUUAUAAUUGUCUUUUUAUCAUCUUCAGAUGAUCAAUAUUUUGUUUUGGUCUUAAAGUGAUUGUAGAACUGAUUAUUACUGUGUUAACGUUACAUUAAACCAAUGACUUUUGUCUGCCAAUUGUUUUCUGCAAAUAAAUGCAUUAGUUGCUGUUUGAGAU